GGGAAAAGUUACGCCUGAAUACUGUUGCAAAAAAUAAGGAGAAAAAAGAUUGCAGCAGGCAAGCUUGAGGAGUAAAGAACUCGGCUUAAAUAUUCUCCCCCAGUAUAAAAAAGAAGAAGAAGGCGUGUGUAGGUUGAAGAAGGUAGAGUGUGGGCCAAGCAGUGAGAGAGGGUCAAUCAAUUUCAACUGUUCCCCCUCUUUCUUUCCGAAUGACAACCUCCGCAACAGGUAAUUUUUUGUUAUACAGUUGCCCUUCUCGUGAUAAGUGUUCAAGUAGCUGUGCUCUCUGCAAAACAGCACUCAGGAGAUCAAUUUACGCCACAGCAGCAUGCUGCUUGAGACCGAAAGAAUUCCUGCAUGAGGUUAGAAGAGAAACAAAAGAACAAUCCCUGAAGAACACAACUGCAACAGUAAUGCCAUCCAACAAGUAUUCUUCAGCCAUCAUGGUGGAGAGUGACAAGAUGACGGCAACAGCUGAGGUGAAUGGGGACAUGCCUGCAGCCGACAACAGUGACAUGGAGAUGACAAAUGAGAACAGCCCGCUCACCCUGGCCGAACCUCACUCCCCGUUCAGCCCCAAGCAGAAUGGAGAUGCUGCCUCACCUGCAGACUCAGAUGUGAAUCAGUUGUCUGGCAGCAGAAAGAGAACUAGGAAGAGGUCCUCAGAGGAGGAGUGCAGCUGGGACUCUACCUACAGUGAGCAGAAGGCCAAGGUGGCAGGGGUGGGGGCCUCGGAGUCGGGCUCGGGCCUGAGACAGAGACCUUCUCCCAGGACCAUCUUCCAGGCCGGUCUGCUGGCCCCUCACAACAAACCGCGCAGCCGCGAGCAGAGAGGAGGAGGAUGCCAGAGCAGGCUGGAGCACCACAGCAGCUCUCUGAGCCUGGCCUGCGGUGUUGGCCCCGGGCCCCUGGCGUCCGUGGUCCCUGAGGGCCCCUCCCUGGAGCUCCUGGAGCAGGACUCUAAGGACUCGGCCCAGAGCACCUCCAACUCCUCCACCUCCCUGAUCUCCCAUGCCACAGAGAUUGCCUGCCAGCCGGAGUACAAGGACAACAAGGGUUUUGGUAUUGGGGAGCUAGUGUGGGGGAAGAUUAAGGGGUUCUCCUGGUGGCCAGGCAUCGUGGUCACCUGGCGCGCUACGGGCAAACGACAGGCCACGCAUGGCAUGAGGUGGCUGCAGUGGUUCGGCGACGGCAAGUUCUCUGAGGUGUCUGCUGACAAGCUGGACUCCAUCACUGCUUUCCCCAAGUUCUUCAACCAGGCCUCCUACACCAAGCUGACAUCCUACCGCAGGGCCAUCUUCCAGGCGCUGGAGAUGGCAAGUCUGCGUGCUGAGAAGACGUUCCCUCAGUGUGAAUCAGAGGGGCCAGAAGACCAAGUCAAGCCCAUGCUGGACUGGGCCAUCGGGGGCUUCCUGCCUAAGGGCCAAGAAGGCCUCAAACCCACAGACAACCCUGAUAGCAGCACGUUGAACCACCAGGUUUUGGACGUCAGUCUGCCAGAGUAUUUCCCGACAGCCAAGAGGCCCCGCGUCAGCCUGUGUAAGGCCAAAAGCGGCCCAGAGGAGGUCUACAGUCGAGAACAAAUGGUGCAUGAAGUUUUGAAGAAUAACAGAAGUAUAGAAGACUUUUGCCUCUCUUGCGGGAAGACAAGAGUGGCAACCUUUCACCCACUUUUUGAAGGAGGCCUUUGCCAAGCAUGCAAGGACGUGUAUCUGGAGAUAUCCUACAUGUAUGAUGACGACGGCUACCAAUCCUACUGCACGGUGUGCUGCGGGGGCCGUGAGGUGCUACUAUGUGGGAACGCCAACUGCUGCAGGUGUUUCUGUGUUGACUGUCUGGACAUUCUGGUGGGCGCAGGGGCGUCGAACAGUGCCCGUAACCUGGACCCGUGGCGCUGUUUCAUGUGCCAGCCCCUGCAGAACUACGGCGUGCUCAAACGACGCCACGACUGGAGCAUGAAGCUGCAGGAGUUCUUCGUCAACGACAACGGCCAGGAGUUUGUUUCUCAGGAAAGCCCAAAGAUCUACCGGGCUGUCCCUGCAGAACAGAGGCGACCCAUCCGCGUGCUCUCACUGUUCGAUGGCAUCGCCACUGGCUACUUAGUGCUACGAGACCUAGGAUUCAAAGUGGACCAUUAUAUUGCGUCAGAGGUGUGUGAAGAUUCCAUAUCGGUGGGGGUCGUCCGACAUGAAGGAAGAAUCCAGUAUGUGCACGACGUGCGCAACAUCUCCAGGAAGAAUAUAGAAGAGUGGGGUCCAUUUGACCUGGUGAUCGGAGGAAGCCCCUGUAACGACCUGUCCAUCGUCAACCCCGCCAGGAAGGGAUUGUACGAGGGCACAGGGAGGUUGUUCUUUGAGUUCUACCGCCUGCUGAGUGAGGCCAAGCCCAAGGAGGCCGAGGACCGCCCCUUCUUCUGGAUGUUCGAGAACGUGGUCGCCAUGGGCGUCAACGACAAGAGAGACAUCUCCCGUUUCCUCGAGUGCAAUCCAGUAAUGAUCGACGCCAUUGAGGUGUCUGCGGCUCACAGGGCUAGGUACUUCUGGGGCAACCUACCAGGGAUGAACAGGCCUCGGUGUGCAUCUGGGAUGGACAAGCUCGAGCUACAGGACUGUCUGGACCAUGGCCGUGUGGCUAAGUUUGGAAAGGUGCGCACCAUCACCACACGCUCUAACUCCAUCAAGCAAGGCAAAGACCAGCACUUCCCCGUCAUGAUGAACGGCAAAGAGGACAUCCUGUGGUGCACCGAGUUGGAGAGGAUCUUUGGCUUCCCAGUCCACUACACAGAUGUGUCAAACAUGGGUCGCGGUGCCAGGCAGAAGCUGCUGGGCAGAUCCUGGAGCGUGCCCGUCAUCAGACACCUGUUUGCCCCACUGAAGGACUACUUUGCAUGUGAAUAAUUCCGGCCCUGAUCCAUCACUCUAUCCAUUCCACACCUCACCUUGACCUUCUCCAAUCAUGAGGCUGUGUAGGUAAUGGUAGGGGAGGGCCCCUUCUGGAAGAGCAGGAGGACACAAGACUGGGCAAGUACAAAUGGUGACUAUGCUCUCACCUCUCUCCGUUCAGCCUAGGUGUUUUCAUCCAACACACUUGAAAAAUACCCUACAAUCAAGGAGCCAAUCCUGCUUCUACUGAGCGAAACCAACCCUGCCAUUGGGGAAUAAUUUGAGGGUCCGGCUCCAUCUUCACCAUUGAUCGUCAAUCAGAAGUGCCAAUGCCAAGUUAGACCAUCUUGUUGUCCCCUGGUAGCCAAAGUGUUAUUUUAGGGUUUUAAGGUUUUAAACACUGCUUUUAUUUGAUUUUUUACUAAUGACUUCCCCUUAUGUUGUCUUUGACUGGUUUUGUUGUGAUCAAUAUUUUGUUUUGUUGGUCAAACUUAUUUUGAUACCACGCUGAUUUAUAUACAUUCUUAAAUUGAUAUAGAUCUCGUUAUGAAUGAGUAGAAAUGUUUGUUUAAAAAAAUAAUAAUAAUAAUAAUUUUUAUGUCAACAUAGUCAGGGUUGGGAAAUAUACAUGUUCUUCUCCCAAAUGCCAAUGCGACUGAAGAAGAAUCCAUUCUCAGCCAUAUACAAAAAGAUGUAUUUUUUUAAAUACUGUAAAAUCAAUGCAAAGACAGACAUGUAAAGACAUCUCAAUAUUGGACAUUUUGACAUUUGUCAUUUGUCUAUGGUAUCCAUAUUUUCUUAACUGGAAGUUAGUUUUUUUGCUUUCACCAAAAAUAAGUGGGCAUUACCUCAUCAUCCAGGGCAUCUAUAUAUGUAUUUUUUUUUUUUUUACUUGGUCAUCUGUGCAAAAACAACAACAAAAACAUUUGACACAUUUUUUUAGUCACUGGAAUGUUUUAUAGAACUUUUAUACUUCAUUGUUAUACUGUAUAUUUACAAAUGUUUACAGGAUUUAACAGUAUUUGAUUGGACUGGGAGUUUGACUGUCCUAAUGUCAUCUUAAAUUGAUCUUUUUUAAAUCUGUGAAUUUCAGCAGUUGAUAACCCCCAGUAUGCCUCACCUCACAUUAAAGUACUCUGGACUUCAGAUUGAAGUACAAUAUACACUUUUUGUCUACUCAUUUUGGCUACAUUUGUAGCCCAUUUUGUUUUGCUAAUUGAAUGUGUACAGUUUGCUAUUCAGUUUUUUAAAUACUGGACAUUUAACAGAUUUUACAUAUCAUAUGUGCACAGUGGAGACCUGCCAGUUAUUUGUUUUUGAGUUGUCUGUACUCACUGAGUACUACUCAAUAAUACUCACUCAUUCAGGGUGCCUUUUAUGAGUAUGUUCAAAGAGCUUCUUCAGUUACACACUGAUUGUAUGUCCAUGACAUAACCAGCAGUUGCUUUAGUUCAAAGGUUAUUUUUUACUAAGAUGCCAAAAUACAUAAAUCGUUUACAUGCUUUAUCACUACUGUAUCCUUUUAAGUUUGCUGAAUGUCAUGCUUAUGAUUUUGAAUAUUCUAAAUGUUUUUUUUAUAUAUAAUUUUAUGACUUUACCUUUAAAAUGUUUAGUUUUAUAUACUCGGAUAUUCUGCUUACUUGCAACAGUAUCUGAAAUAGUAGCACAACAAACUGUAUAUAAGGCUUUCUUCACAUUUAUCAUUUUAUAGAGCAUUUUAGAACAUGAUUUUAAUCAAUAGGAUUGUUUUUAUUGUCAGUGAAUGUUAGAUUCGCAACUUUGACAAAUGUUAGAUGUGUUUGAUUUAUCUUUUGUGAAAAAUACUUUGUCCAAUAAUACUGUACUUUAAUUUUGCUUUCAACAUUUUUUUUCAUUAACCUGUUUCAUGCAACACUUGUGAUUUGAAGUGCAAGCAAUUCAAAAAGACCAGUCUGUCAUUUUUGUACUAAUUGUGCACUUUUUGAAAAAGCAGCAAGAAAGUAUUUCUGUGUACUCGGUAUAUGUUACUUUUAUUCAAUAAAAAGCAUUCAUUCUAA